CAAUCCAAUAGAUAAGAUUAUCUCCAGUGCCUUUAUAAGCAAAUCUCUCGGAAGAUAUGAAGCAGUUCUAAGAGACAGUUCCCCUCAGAAAAUAUUCCUCAUAGAGCUUCUGCAUUUUCUCUUGAGAUCUUUUCUGAAUCAACUCUGAAGACAAUUUUCAUCAACUUGAUCAUCUCAAGUUAGUGUUAUCUUUCUUUCAGGAUGGAUUCUUCAACUUCAGUUGGAUCAGUGCUGCCUAAUUUAACCUCGGAUACUAAUCAUCAAAACGAUUUGCAGAAAUGGAAACUUCCAAAAGUUUCCAAGAAAAAGGUUUAUCAAAAGGGCAUGUUUGAGUUCAAGAAAAAUUACUCCAUUCAGACUACUGAGCGCAUCAUUUCAUUGAAUAACAAGCUUGAGUCCAUCAGUUUGUUUGAUCAGCAAGCUAUAAAAAGAUACAGAGAAGAAUAUAAAUAUGUGCAUGUAGGAUUAGUCCAGGUUGGUGUCAAACCCCUUACGCGCGAAGGGUUCAACACUUCGAUAUUGCUUUGCCUGAGAGACAAGAGAUUGCUUGAUUUCAAUCAAUCUUUAUUAGGAGUUCUUCAAUCAAGCCUGGAUGAUGGUCCUGUUUAUUUCAACUGUUAUCCAAACAUCAUGUUCUUUCUUCAAGAUCCAAUUGUUUGGAAUUGUCUGGCACUAAACAUCAGGCUUCAGAAUUUAGAAAUGAAUGAAACUUCUUUCCCAGUUGUGUUGAUAUACAGAGUUUAUUUCAAAUGCCUGAUAGACCCUUUCAACACUGCUGCCAAAAAAUCCAGCUGCUUUGACAAAACCCUCAUUUUUCAAACAAACAUCAAAAGGCCAAGUGCUGAUGUUCCCAGAAUCAUCAAAUGGAGUGAGGUCCAAUUUCCAGAGGAAUGGAAAGUCCGAGAGGAGAAUCCUCCGGAGAAUACACAAGCUGAAGGCGGUCGGAUCAUUAAGCAUCCUGAUGGCUCAGUCCGGGUAGUGUUUCCACCAAGAAAGAUUGGGGAAUCCUCCUCGGUUUGGCAAAUACCGCGUUAAGAAAAUAGAAAUUUCAAGAUCAAGUUGUCUGUUAGUUCCGGAUUUUUGUUAGCUCAUAUGAUCCUAGAUUAUGUAUUGCUAUAUUAUUUAUGUGUAUUCUUCUGCU